UCAGCUAAUCACCGAGCCGCCUGCGCAGCUGGGAAAAAAUAGUGGAUCUGGAUUUUCCAUCGCGGGUUUUUGGUUUAGCAGCGAUAGGUUGAGCAUUGCAAGUUCAAAAUUCAUUUUCUGUUGAUAAAUACCUGAAACGAGAGAUACGGUACAGAAAUGUCUGGAGAAACAGAAGCAGUGAAAUGUGUGUGGGGGUUAAAACGCUACGGCCGGUUUCUGCCCCAAGCUAAAGAGCGGGGAGAGAACUCCUCCUGGAAGGUGUUCGAGUCCAGUAAAACCACAGGUAUGCUGAAGCUGACUGUACUGGAGUCUGGUCAUCUGCUCGUCUCUCAGGCAGAGGAGCUGCUGGAAGGGUUUUCUCUUUCCAGUGCUGAGAGCUUUCUGAAGAUCCACCAGAAAUCAGACAGUCUGCUCCUCCACAUUACCAUGAAGGGGGAGAGUCGAAUGAUAAGGCUGCAGUUUGAAGGCAGUAGCAGAUCUGAAGCAGUGGAUUUUUGCAGUAAAGCGGUAGAGCGACUUCAGGAAUACACCCCGGUGCCCCCAGCUCCUCCUGCUGCAAACCACACAACUGAAACCCAGCAGCAACAGCAGACUCCAGCAGAGACGCUGCAGGCUGUCCCUGACGUUUCCCAGGAAUCUCUGUCCAUCAAACAUCUUGCUCAGUAUUUCAUGGGUGAGCGUGGGCUGUCUCUGCCCUUGGCAUAUCAUCAAUUCACUCUGCCCCCUGGUGACGUGGAGGACCUAUUGCGCCUUUGUUUUCUUGACUCUGGCUUCCCAGCUUUUGUAGAGGAAGUGGAGAACAAGCUGAAAGCACUGCUUCAGGAGUGAGACAGGUGAAAACCCACAUAUUGUGAGGCAUCUUGAGUUUUGUUUUUGUUUUGCUGCUGUUGUUUCGUUCACCGAGUGAGGCAGGAUAUGCUUUAUUAGAAAUGGCCAGGAGGUCCUUCUCCCCUUGGAUACCUUCAUACGGUCUGGAUGUGCAGUUAGUCUUCUGCAGAUUAGAAAGCAUGAGGAACGUGUUAGAUCACAACUUGUUUAAUAAAGAAGAACAUUGCACUGUUCACUGCUUUACUAAGACCAGCAUUAAUACUGAGGAUAUAAAGCUGUAAUGUGGGUCAGGUCAGAUAUUUCCUGAUUGACAUGUGCAUAUGAAAGUUUGGGAACCAGACUGUUUAUUCAUGUUAUCUACACCUGCAUGUGCAUACAUAGGCAGAUAAAUGAAUUCUACAUUACAGUCUUAAGCAAAAGUUUGUGCACACCUGGUCAGAUUCAGUUUUGUUGAUUUUCUGUGUGUAAAUAAGGCGCACAUCCUGUCCUAAAAACAUGUGUGCGCCUCUUAACAUACAGUCCCUGAUGAUUUGCUUAAAUAUGCUUCAUUUAAUAUUUGAUAGAACACAUGUUAAUAUGACACAGUUCACUGUGUUACAUUGAGCAUUGAUAUUUGUAUGUAUUUGCCAUACUUAGGUUUUCUGUUUGAAUAGUUUUACAUAAGAAAUCAACAAAAUGUUUGAUCAGUUUGACCAGCGAUUUGCACACAGCAGUAUAUCGUUGCUCUCUGUCAAAAAACAUUCACCUCCAAAAUAAAUAUUAAAUAAUACUUAGAUAUUCUGGUGCAUAUCUAUUGGAUAAUUCAUCAUUCAAUUUUAAAUGUGAAACUGAAAUGAAAUUUUAAAUGCAAAAAUGGAGAUGCAAUUUUUUUUGUCUGACAACAACAAUAUACAAGUUACAGUGUUGACGUUGUGCCGUUCUAGCAGCGAUACUCACUUUCCUUUAUUCAGUUUAUUUGCUCAGUUGGUGUUCCGCUGUCUCACGUUUUUGUCUUUGUGGUUGUUAGUAGAAUUUGUUUUCCUAGUGGAGGGAAAAAAGGAGUUUUUUUAAAGUACAAAACAAUAAAUUGGUGUAAAAAAAGGGAACUAAGGGAGAUUUUCCGAAAGCAAUGAACCUAGUCCUGGAUUACAGUUUGUUUUACAGUAAAUAUCACUUUAGAAUUUUGUGCUAAUCUCAAUCCCCUGUCUGGGAAAAUAGGAUGCGUAUUUAUUCAUGCGUAUUUAUUUUAAUACUUAUGUCUGACAGUUAUAAUGUGUUUGAAUACUAGAAGUGCAGUAAGAUUAAGCUUAGCUCUUACACUGGUCCAGCUGGUUCGUCAUCUUCAUCAGGUCAGGCAAACAAGGAUGGGAAAGGAGAAAAAAAUAUGUAUUAAAAUUUGUAACACCUUCUUGCUUGUUUUCAGUCAUGUAGAUCUGCCCUGUUUUAAGAUUUUUUGUUUUGUUUUGUAAAGUUUUUGUAACAUUAAAUGACAAAACAAAUGUGA